AUGUCACCAACCACGGCUAGUUCAAGAAUAUCAAAGAAGGCAAGGAAGAAGAGAAGACACGCCGGAAAUAAUGAGCAACAUUCUUCUAUUGUUGCUAUAAGAUCACUUCCAAGAGAUUUGUUAGUAGAGGUGAUUGCAAGUGUAGCUUCUCAUUCUUUCAUUGAUCUUCACAACCUGAAAAAGUGUUCCAAAGAUCUUCUUGAUGCCACGGAGGAUAACUAUGUUUGGCAACGAGUUUCUUUAGAGACUUUUCCUUUGGUCCAAUGGCAUCCGAACGACAAGAAGCUAUCUUUUUUGGAGCGCUGCAAGAGAAGCAAAAACAUCGAGAGCCUGUAUAGAGAAGGGUUGCGAGAAUACUUCAACCACGGAAAGAUCGAUGGUCUCGAUACCUUGAAGGCGGCCGCUCAAAAGGGUCACAAGGAAGCAAAAUACGUGUACGGCAUGAUUUCUUUAUGCUCCCAAGACGACGCGUCAAGAAAACAAGGUCUCGAGCACAUGCGUUUCCUCAGAAACUCUAAGAGCGUCGUAAGCUCCAGGAAGAAAGUAAAAUUCUUUCUAGGUUCUCUAUGGAAAAAUGCAACGGUGGCGCGCAAUGAAAGCCCUCUAUGCAAUUUCAAGAACACAUGCCAAGGAUGGAGAGUGAAGAAUGACAAAUGGGUCUUACUCGAGGAGGACGACGAUGAUAUUAGCUCAUGCAAAUAUUGCAGAUGGGAUCACGAGUUGAAUUUUUUUUACAAGAUGCUAAAUGUUUGA